GCGGUAUUUUUGGCCUGAUUCUUCUCAAUGAAGUUGCAGGAGGUAACAGCAAUGGCGUCGAGUAAUGAAUAACCAAAUCCUCGUGCUGUAGCUUCCGAUCAAUACGACUAUGUUGAGGCCAAGAUUCUUCUGCACAAGCUUUAUCUCCCGCCUUUUUCUUCUAAAAAUUGUCGAUUGCGACUUGCAGAAAAGAUCGGAAACCAACCUAUUCUUGCAGAAUCAUUUAUAACUUGGGGAAUUUUCGCAGCAGAAGGUAGGUAGAAGAAGAAGAAUUUGUUGAAGAUGAUGAUUCAGAGCUUGAAGGUUGCGUUAUUUACUAGGCGAAGCCUUCAGAGUGUUCGUCUCCUCACUCAGAAGAGAAGCCAAUGCUCUCUUCCCGACCAUUCAUCUGACGAUGAUCUCGAUCAACAAGUGCUUGUUGAAGGCAGCGCUUGGUCCAGAACCGCUAUUCUCAACAGACCGUCGGCUCUCAAUGCUCUCAAUACCAAUAUGGGGGCUAGACUGCUUAAAUUGUACAAUUCUUGGGAAGAAAACCCUGAUGUUGGUUUUGUAGUCAUGAAGGGUAGUGGCAGGGCAUUUUGUGCUGGUGGAGAUAUCGUUUCGCUUUAUCGUUUCAUCAAUGAAGGGAAGAUGGAAGAAUGUAAAAAGUUUUUCAGCACAUUGUAUACUUUUAUGUACAUAGUUGGUACAUACCUGAAGCCCCAUGUGGCAAUUCUAAAUGGCAUUACCAUGGGUGGUGGCGCUGGAGUUUCACUCCCUGGGACUUUUCGAGUUGCAACUGAUAAAACUGUUUUUGCUUUCCCUGAAGCGCUAAUUGGUUUCCACCCUGAUGCCGGUGCAUCCUUCCACCUCUCCCAUCUGCCUGGUCGCUUGGGAGAGUACUUAGCACUAACAGGAGAAAAGCUCAAAGGAGAAGAAAUGGUUGCUUGUGGGGUUGCAACGCACUAUUUUCAUAGUUCAAGGCUUUCGCUAAUUGAAGAGCACCUACGGAGUUUGGUUACGGAUGAUGCGUCCGUUAUUGAAUCUUCAUUAGAGAAAUAUGGUGAUCUUGUUUAUCCAGAUAAAACGAGUGUACUUCACAGGAUUGAAACACUUGAUAAAUGUUUCAGCCAUGACACUGUUGAAGAAAUCAUUGAUUCAUUGGAAACUGAGUCAGCUGGUACAAAUGAUCCAUGGUAUACCUCCACUCUAAAACGAUUGAAAGAAGCGUCACCAUUGAGCAUGAAGGUCGCUUUGAAAUCUAUACGAGAAGGAAGAUACCAAACAUUCGAUCAGUGCUUGACUCGUGAAUAUAGAAUGUCCCUACAAGGGACAUCCAUGCAGAUCUCGGGUGAUUUUCGUGAGGGUGUUCGGGCACGGAUGGUGGACAAAGACUCAUUACCAAAGUGGAAUCCUCCUACCUUAGAGCAAGUAUCUGAAGAUAUGGUGAACCAGUAUUUCUCUCCACUUAGUGAUUUUGAGCCUGAACUUGAUCUACCCACCAAACUACGAGAAGCCUUCCCUUGAUUUGGCCACAUUUUCCUCUUGGAACUAUUGAUAAGCUCAAAGUAUUUUUAGGUCCCUGAAUUUUCAAUAUUUGGAUUCAGGUAUUGGAGACUCUUACAGGGUUCACCCAAAUUUGCUUGCCCAGUGUUAUUGAUAUUGGCAUCUCUGCUUGACAUGUGUGAAUUUAUGUUCGAGUUAUCUCGAUCAACAUUCAUUCUUGUUAAAUAAAUUAAAAUGCCUUCCCCUUUUGUCUUCUUAGAUAGACGAGCCAUUAGAAUUUGGAUUUGAAGUUUCUUACUUUGAAAGUACCUUUCAAGGGUUACUUGAAGAAUGUUCUUGGCCUCUUUGUUUGUUUCUCAAGUAUGUGCCUAAAUUCUUAGGUGGGGUACUGUUAAAGGCGACGUUGAGACCUCUUGCAUUAUAGUUACGACUAUUAUACCUUCUUCAUUCAUUUACU